GGGACUAGUUUGGUGAGCGGCGGUGGAGGGAGAGGAGCCCAAACAUCGCGUGAGGUGAAGGACGCCAUUCUGAGCCACCCGUGUACACACCUUACUGAGGAGCCGGCCACAACCUGCCAUGUCUUACGGAAGAGGCAACAACGAGUGUCGCAUUUAUGUGGGGAACCUUCCUCCGGACAUAAGGACAAAGGAUAUCGAGGAUUUGUUUUAUAAAUUCGGCAAAAUCGUCUUCAUAGAUUUGAAGAACCGCCGUGGGCCUCCGUUUGCCUUCGUCGAGUUUGAGGACCCAAGGGAUGCUGAAGAUGCUGUGCACUCUCGGGAUGGAUAUGACUAUGAUGGCUAUCGUCUACGAGUGGAAUUUCCUCGGAACAGCCUACCUGGAGCUGCCAGGGGAGCUUCUGGAAGGGGCAGAGGCAGAGGACCCCCAGCAAGGAGAUCUCAGUACAGAGUACUGGUUACAGGUUUACCUCCAACUGGCAGCUGGCAAGAUUUGAAAGACCACAUGAGAGAGGCGGGUGAUGUGUGCUAUGCUGAUGUGUACAAAGAUGGCACAGGUGUUGUGGAAUUCCUCCGCUAUGAGGACAUGAAGUAUGCCGUUAAGAAGUUAGACGACUCUAAGUUCCGUUCACAUGAGCAGGGUGAAAAUUCUUACAUUCGUGUGAAAGAAGAUUAUGGAGGAUCUAGUCCAGCCUCGGGUGGUGGUGGCGGCGGACGUGGGCGGUCGAGGUCCCGGUCACGCUCACCCAGGGGUUACCGAGGCUCUCCCACUUAUUCUCCAGUGCGGCGAUCGUACUCACGGUCACCCUCGCGGUCUCGGUCAAGGUCCCGAGAGCGCUAUUAAAAUGCACUCAUUUGGGAGUGGAUUACCUGGUUAAAGUCUUGGGUAGAACUGACUUCGGUGAAGAAUGUCAUAAUCCCAUGACUGAACCUGGUGAAGUUACCCAAUUAUGUGAUGGGUGCCAAGAAUUAAGGCUGCAGCAACCUAUUCGGGCUCAUCUUAAAAUGGAGCACUGGUCUCCAUACUGACCUCGGAUGUCCUGAGCUGACCUGACAUUGUCUCCGGACCCAAUACAGCCCUUGGCACUGGACUGGAGGACGUCAGUCCCGUAGCUAGUAGGCUGCUGCAAUAUGGCCAUCCUUCCUGCCAAAUUAUCGUAGAUUUUGGAAAGCUAGGAUUUGAGAAGUGGAGGAGGAGCAUUCACAGUGGCAUGGACGAGAGGCUCAAUCAGGAUCAGAGGAUCAGGAGGAUACAAUGCUGCAGCAAGCUAGCAAGGGGAGGAACACACUAAUGGAUUACUUGGAUGACAAUGGAUGAAAUGCUCUCAUAAGGAUCUCACACUUGGCCUUACCAAGGAGACAAAAGGAUUAUGCGGGGACAGGUUCUGCGCUUGGAGGAACUCACUGGAGGAUCAUGGAUCACUUGUGGAUAAGGAUUUGAAUCGGUCAAAGGAUUCACCAAGUAGCAGAGGACUGGAUUUGUGAGUUAAGAAUUCACCUUCCCUCCCCUCAAUUGCCUGAACUUGAUAAAUUAAAGUCCCGCCAUAGUCCUCUAGUUAGUACAAAGUUAAAGUUGCCAGUCUCUGACAUGCAUAUGAAAUCCUCUAGGUUUUUUUUUUUUUUUUUUACUUCAUUGGGGUGGUUCAAGGAGAGAUUUUGAUAAAAUAUGAGAUUUUAUUGAUCACAGAAAUAUUUCCUCAGUUACAAAUAAGACGUAUAUUUUAUAUCGUAAGGGGAAUUUGGCAAGGGCGAACGAUCUCGGUACUUAUUAAUCAGAUUUUCUUUUCCAGCAGCAUUAGCCUUGUGGGACAUCUGUUAAACAGCAGUGAUUCAUCAAUAAAAUAUUUAUGUUA